AUAUAUUGCAAUCAAAUCUGAGAUAUUUCCAUAGUUUUCCAAAGGUGGUGUUCGGAUUAACAACUAAACAAAAAUUUCAGAAUGGCAGCUUGGGAAGGAAAGAAGUACAAAUUAGAGAAGUCCGAAAACCUGGAUGCAUACAUGGAAGCGCUCGGAGUCAGUGCUGAAAACCGUAAACUGGGCAACACUAUAUUCCCAACUGUUUCCCUAGUUAAAAAUGGAGACGAAUACGAGUACACUACAGCUUCCACAGUCAGAAACAACGUUAUGAAGUUCAAGCCUGGAGUAGAGUUCGACUUGGAUACCUUGGAUGGACGAAAAACGAAGGCUGUUUGCCACUUCGAAAAUCCCAACAAGCUUAUCCAGAAGGAUAGUACAGGAACAAUAACUCGUGAGUUUACCGGCACUGAAUUGGUUUCGACUUGCACCACCAAUGGUAUCACUGCUGUAAGAUAUUAUAAAGCCGUUUAGAAAGUUAAGUUCGAAAGCCGAAAAUUUAAGUGGAAGUUUCUAAUUCCUACGUCAGAAUCUAUAACAUCUGAUUAGGAGAAUUAAAAACUUGUAAUAAAGAUUUUAUAUAAAA